GAGAGAUCUUGUGAGAGCUGUAUGAGAGAGAGAGUGUGCGAAGACCGUGCGGUGGAGUUCUAUUGCCAUUACGCACUAUUACGCACGGACUUCCAGGAGAGAAGCGCUCAGCUUUAAAGGAGCGGGGUUUGGAUUGCUUGCAUAUACAGGAACAAGAAACACGCUUGAACGUUCACAACAGCCCGAUCUUCAGAGCAGAGUGAAGCAAAGCCAGCUGCCAUUCAUCCGCACAGGAAUGGUUGAUCACUUACCAUUUGGUGAGGAGACCUUCCUGUAUUACACUGGCUCCCCAAAGUCUGACUAUAGCUGCCUCUAUUGCCACACUAAUGGUGGCAUCAUGGUGACUGACGCGUGUACCUACCACCACCACCACCACCCGUACCAAGGAGUGACUCUCUCCUCCUCUCCUCGGCUCUCUGAGGACGACCUCAGUGACUCCUCCAGCCCUCGUUCGUCCCUCUGCUCCAGUCCCGAGUCCUCGUCCCCGGUGUCACGACAUGUCCUCAGCUCCAGCUAUGAAAGCAGGAGCAGCAGGAGCAGUGGGAGCUGCAGCUCCUCGGGAGGAGAGAGUCAAGACAGCCUGCUAGACCUCCUGCUGUCUCAGGCCUCCCACACCACCUCAUUAAGUUCUAACACCAGCAACAGCAGCAACACUCUUUCAUCCUCUCUCUGCCUGUCCUCUCCGCCUUCUUCCACAUCUUCUUCUCCUACUGUUCCCAUUUUACCUACGGGGCUGGCUUGGGAGCAGCAGCUGAGUGCUCUGCAGCAGCAGGCCAAAGAGGAUUCUUACGAGUUCCCAGUCUUCCUCGAUGAGUUGCAGGAUCCUGCGGCAUUCCUGUUUCAGCCCACUCUAGAGGAAAUUGAGGAGUUCCUAGAGGAAAACAUGGUUGUGGCAGUGGAAAAAGAAGAGGAACGGUGCGAUGAGGCGAUGUCCCCAACGUCAGAGGAUGUAGAUGCAGAAAAUUCAAGGACAUUAGCAGGAGAACUAGUGUCGCAGAACUCGGAUCAAACUGUGCCUGUGGCUCAUUCUCCACUCUCCUCCCACACAGAGACCAAACAUGCACCAUGUGCAUCAGACAUGGACAGCUCAUCAUCAUUGGUAGAUGCUAGCUGUGUAACUAGCUCUGCUACCAGCCAUGCAGAAGGGAUCAAACAGGAGGACUCUGGAUCACUGCCUUCCUCAUCCGAAAGUUCCAGCUCUGCUUCUCCUGUGCCUGUCAUCCUACAAAUCCAGCCUAUACAGAUCAAACAGGAACCAAACUCCAGUGCCAUAUCAGAAUCUGACACACAGAAUCCCGAGAAAUCCCAGUCCCAACAAACCCUGGCCCCAACUGAUAUCAAAAUAGCUCAGCUCCUGGUUAACAUUCAGGGGCAGACUUUUGCCUUAGUGCCUCAGCUGCUUUCUCCAGCUAACGUCGCAAGCUCAAGCAAAGCAGGGAUCACCACUUCGUCCAAAUUUGUCCGGAUCGCGCCGGUGCCCAUCGCAGCUAAACCCACAGGGCUUGUGGAAGGUGGGUUAGGUGGCGGUUCGGCUGCAGGGGUGCUUUCUGGAGGUCAGAGGUACCAGAAGAAUGCAGUCGCAGACCUUAUUAAGAUGCACAAGUGCUCUUUUCCUGGCUGUAAUAAGAUGUACUCCAAGAGCAGCCACCUUAAAGCCCAUCUGAGGAGGCAUACGGGGGAGAAGCCGUUUGCUUGCACGUGGCCUGGCUGUGGAUGGAGAUUUUCUCGAUCGGACGAGCUAUCCCGACACCGCCGCUCCCACUCAGGAGUGAAACCGUACCAGUGUAUAGUCUGUGAGAAGAAGUUUGCUCGCAGUGAUCACCUGUCGAAGCACCUCAAAGUCCACCGCUUUCCACGAAGCAGCAGGACAGGACGCUCUGCAAAUGGACCCCUCUGACCCUGCUCUGGCAGCCUGACAGACAAGAGGGAAGGGGAGGGAAUGUGCGUGACGAAAGACAGAGGAGGGUGGUGGGGUGAUAGUCCAGAUGCCCUUUAAAGGAGUUUGCGCCGGACUCCUUUUUGCCCAAGUGUGUUUAUGUUCAAAUACGUGUGCGUGACGUACACUCAUGGUACUGUGAUAAUUUAUUGGGUGACAAGGAAAAGACUGUAACGAACUAAAACAGAAAACUGUUACUUGACAAAGCACCCUCACAGGUGGAAUAAGCUUCUUGUAUAUUACAACUUUAUUCUCAGAUAUUUUAGCUAACCUAAUUUGGAGAAAGAUCUGCUAUUUUUUACACGUUGGGGUGUGUGUUAUUGCUAAUGUUCAAUCAAAAGCCUUAUAUCAAUAAAAGGUAUAACACUGGGGGGUUGGCUACUAUUUAAAACUAGGGAUGCUAUGGCGACUAAUUUACUAGUUGUUUAAACAAGAAAAAAGGGAAUCAGGUUAGCGGACUUGUCUAAAAGGUAGAAAACAUUCAAAACUUAAUGGACGAGGUUAGACUUUGGCUGUAUUUAAGAGCUUUCAGUCGCGUGACUCCGUGAUCAGAUUGCAUUUUAAAUGUCUCUGACAUGUGUGGCACUCUGCGCUGUAUGUAAUGUUGCACACAGACACAAUGAUAAGUUUGCCAUUAGCUUGCAUGCUAGCACAGGUGACAUACAACCAUUCAUUUUCUCCGUCAAAAUACUGAUGAACCAAGCUGGUUAGCUGUAAUCUGCUUACUUUCCAUCUUGCUACCAGGUGUACCAGUCUGUGUAACUGACUAGUAUUUCUGGUGUUGACUAGCAAUAGCAGUAGGAUUUAAACAUCUAGUUGACUAGUCACAUGCAUCCCUGUUUAAAACCUCCACUUUUUAUACUCUUCCUGGAGCCAAAUGUUUUGAAAAGUAAUACUAGCAAAAACUUACUGCUUAAUGGCUUGAAUUUCAUUUGUAGCACGGCAACAAGAGCUUACUGGGCAUACUAUUAGGAAGCAAUGGGGACUAUUAAGGUCUUGGUUUAAUUCUUUCUCAGUAGAUAAAAAGAUACACCAACAUUCCAUUAGCUUUGAAUAAGUCUCUUUGUUGCCUUAGAGUCUGUUACGACCUCAAACACAAGAACAAAGUUCAAGUUGAUGUUGAAUUACUGCUCACCAACAAAUAUCGUGUAAUUUGCACUGAUACACAUGACAAUUUUGGUUGUCUGCCCAUACUGAGAAUUCUGAGAAUUUUGUGUUAUCUUACUGCAGUCUGACUCUUUUUGAUUCAUCUUGUCAAAAAAUUACUUAUCGGAAUAAUUGUAAAUUUAAUGGCCUUUAUUGGAUCAAAGCUGAUGAUCCUAAAGCCAAGCUUUAAAACUCUGUCUUUGUUCAUCUCAUGAAAUGUCACAACUUCUGUUUAAUGAUUUUGUUAUACCUUAUCAGUUAUUACUUAAUGUGACUUUCUUUACUUUAUGUCACUGCUGUCAUAUGAUACAAGAUGGUAAAUCUGCUGGCAUCAAUGUGAAUCUUUUGUCUUUCCCCAGAUUUUUUGAACAUCUGAAAUUAAAUGAAAUCAUUACCUGUCAAAUUGAGUUUUUCUAUUUGGUAGCUAGUUGUUAAGGCUAGCAGCAAGGACACCAAAGUAAAAAGAUUAAAGAUAAGCUAUGUUGUUUUUGCUAAAGGACUGGCCAAUGCUGUCACAUGUUGCAAUGACAGGAUCACAGUGCAUAUGAAAAUUAUAAGUACCGUCAAUCCUUUAUCAUAGUGCAUAGCGUAAAUGACGUACAAUUACAAAAUAGUAACUAGCAUUAUAAAAUGUUAGCUAACAUCAGCUAGUGUUAGCUAACUUACAUUAGCUAAUAGUGACCAACUGCAAUGGAGGCAAAAUACCCAAAGUAUUGCAUUUUUAAAAUCACUGAAGACUUCAUUUGUAAGAGAAAAAAAUUGUUUUAAUGUAUGAAAUAUUUUGGCAUCAAAUAGAUAUUUUCCCACUUUCCUUCAAGGAUAGAAAUUUGGUGUCAUUGCAGCAUCAAAUGCCACAUCUAAUGGGAAAUCUUCAUGAGUAAAUUUUCUUACUUUGGUCGUGCCCAAACAUGAAUUUACAUCACAUUUUUCAGAAUGAAUACCAUAUUCAAAAGCAUUCAAGAAACACUAUUGCCCGUCCUUGGUCUCGAACAUAUCGAUUGUAUAUAUCGAUAUUGUUCUAAAGGAGGUAUUGUACUGUAGGAAACAGUGACUGUUAAGCUUUUUUUUUCAUAUCUCACUUAACUGAGUAGAUUGCUUUAAUCUCUUAUUCUCCAUUUCCUUUGAAUUAAACCAAAUGUCAUUGGAGGAGUUUAGAGCAAAUUUCUGUGCCAUAAAGUUGGGAAUUAUUUAACAAAAUUCACAGAUUUGAAACACGUUUAAAAUAUGGUUUUAAGAAAGACUUUUGUGGUUUUAGAAAUUGAUGAUUUGCUGAAACCUGCAGUGAUUGUCAAACCCUUUUUAGUCUUUGGUUUGCCACCAGUGACGCUAUAUAAAGGAAGUAUGUUAAUUCAGUCAGCCAUUCCUUCCAUGCAAUUAGAAGAAACACUUUUCUGAAAGGGUGUCGUACGUGAUCCCGUGAAUGUAUGUAAAUACUGUAUAUUCAUCUAAAAGAGAAUUGAAAUAUUCUUCUAGUGAUUUCUGUGAUUGUGAAAGAUUUUUAAAACUGUAAAGAAAGUGUACAUAACAUGAUAAUUCAAAUAUAUUGUUUAAAAAUUAGGUAACUUAGUGUUUGUGAGGUCUGUACAUGACACAUAAAAGUUUAUUUACAUGCAUUUGGUUUAACAUUGAAAAUAAAACAAAUAGAAAUUACACCUGAGUUGAAAAUAAAAUUGUCCGUGUGUUAUGAAACACUCAAGUCAUUUGCAGAUGUGUUCUGUACAUACCUACAACAAAAAAGCUAAAAAUGUUAUUUUUUGCUUUUGUUCUACAAUGUAAAACAUUUACAAUAAAAAUAACAAAACCCAU